AUGAGGGCUAUCACCGGCGGCGGCGUCUCCUCCGAACCCUGUUCCCUCGACAAGGCUGCCCGCACCCUUCUCUGGUUCUCCAAGUCUGCCGCCUCCCACCGACCCUCCUCCGACUGCGAUACCUACCUCCGCACCGUGACCGACGCCACAGUACAGCUCAUCUACUUCCGCGAAGAACUCGGCGGCAGGCACCAGCAGGGUGCCGCCAACUUCGAUGCCCACGACUAUGAGGAUCCGGUGGAGGGCGAUAGAAGGCACCAAGACCAGGAGAGCGAAGGGGACAUGGCGGUUGCCGCUUAUGGUUCCCAUUCCCACCGCGAUUCUGCCGCGGGGGCGGACCUAGAUCUUGCCUCCUGUAAGAAGAAGGGCAAGAAGAAGAAGAAGAAUGAGAAUCCCCCGGAGGAUAGAGCGGUUGCCCGUGCUGACUCGCACAUCCCCCCGUCACCAGAAAUUGCCACUGAGAAGAGGAGGAAGAAGAAGCAUCCGAAUAAGGAAAUCAUCGUCGAUGUGAAGCAGGAGCCUAGUUUCGUGGUGGAAGAAGAGCUGGUGAGUGAAAAGAAGAAGAGCAAGAAGAAAAAGGAGAAGGAUCAUGUGAAACUGGAAGAGGAUGUGAAUGAGGUGGAAGAGAAAAUAGUCAAUGACAGUGCAGCAGAACAGAGAGGGAAAGGAAGAAAAAGAAGCAUGGACAAGAGGAAGGCCGCACCGAGGUUGUGA